AUGAGCGUAUUUCCAGAAAAGAAGCGGAUGGAUAAGAAAAAGAAAGAACGGACACCGGUGGUAAAAAGCGGGCCACAGAUACUGGCUGAACAGAGAUGGGCCCGGAAGAUGCAGGCAGCAAAGAAGGAUGCUGAAUCGAGGUUUAUAAUUAAAAGGUGGGUAGACCUGAAAAAUGCCUUACAGAAGCCGCCUGAAAAGAGGCUGGCAGAGCUAAGGGAGGCAGAGAAAAGGCUGGCAGAAGACAGUCUGGACAUGCAGAGGCAGGAGAGGUGGAGAGAGUGGAGGCAGAAGGAGCGAGAGCUGUGGGAGGCAGAGCAGAGACAGAAAGAGCAGGAGCUCAACUCCUCCAAGAAGAAACUUGAAGAUCUGCAGGAGACACCUCACACACAGGUGCUUAAGUCUCCUACCAUCUUGGAGGAGUUGAAGAUGUUGGAUGAACUGCUUGAGGAGCCAGUCUCCCCAACCCCCACACCCCUGCCACUGGGUAAAGAUGGAGCAUACUUGGGCCUCACCACCACCAAGCCCCUGGAAGCUCAGGCCAGGCACCCCCACGGGGUCAAGCAUCCCACCUGCACACCUCUUCCUAAGGACACUCGAAUCUACACCCACCCCUUGGCCAACCAGGAGGAAGGAUUAGAGAGUGGAUUGGCAAAGAUGAAAUGUGACACAUGUGGGAAGACCCUUUCCUCAUCCAGUAGCCUCAAGCAGCACAUGAGGAUCCACACAGGAGAGAAGCCCUACAGCUGUGACCUUUGUGGUAAAACCUUUAGGCAUGCUAGUGCUUUGACAGCUCACUGCAGGAUCCACACAGGAGAGAAGCCCUACAGCUGUGACUUCUGUGGUAAAACCUUUAGACAGAUUGGGUAUUCAACAGUUCACCGCAGAAUCCACACUGGAGAGAAGCCCUACAGCUGUGACCUCUGUGGUAAAACCUUUAGCCGGGCUGACAAUUUCAGAUUUCAUAGCAGGAUCCACACUGGAGAGAAGCCCAACAGCUGUGACCUCUGUGGUAAAACCUUUAGACAAACUGGGGAUUUAACAGUUCACUGCAGAAUCCACACUGGAGAGAAGCCCUACAGCUGUGACCUCUGUGGUAAAACCUUUAGGCAUGCUAGUGCUUUGACAGCUCACUGCAGGAUCCACACAGGAGAGAAGCCCUACAGCUGUGACCUCUGUGGUAAAACCUUUAGACAGACUUGGGAAUUAACAGUUCACUGCAGAAUCCACACUGGAGAGAAGCCCUACAGCUGUGACCUCUGUUGUAAAACUUUUAGACAGACUGGGGAUUUAACAGUUCACCGCAGAAUCCACACUGGAGAGAAGCCCUACAGCUGUGACCUCUGUGGUAAAACCUUUAGCCGGGCUGACAAUUUCAGAUUUCAUAGCAGGAUCCACACUGGAGAGAAGCCCUACAGCUGUGACCUCUGUGGUAAAACUUUUAUACAGACACAUAACUGUGACACAUGUGGGAAGAGCCUUUCCUCAUCCAGUAGCCUCAAGCAGCACAUGAGGAUCCACACAGGAGAGAAGCCCUACAGCUGUGACCUUUGUGGUAAAACCUUUAGUCAGGCUGGGCAUUUCAGAGCUCAUAGCAGGAUCCACACUGGAGAGAAGCCCUACAGCUGUGACCACUGUGGUCAAACCUUUAGGCAUGCUAGUGCUUUGACAGCUCACUGCAGGAUCCACACAGGAGAGAAGCCCUACAGCUGUGACCUCUGUGGUAAAACCUUUAGCCGCGCUGACAAUUUCAGAUUUCAUAGCAGGAUCCACACUGGAGAGAAGCCCUACAGCUGUGACCUCUGUGGUAAAACCUUUAGACAAGUUGGGAAAUUAACAGUUCACCGCAGAAUCCACACUGGAGAGAAGCCCUACAGCUGUGACCUCUGUGGUAAAACUUUUAGACAGACUGGGGAUUUAACAGUUCACCACAGAAUCCACACUGGAGAGAAGCCCUACAGCUGUGACCUCUGUGAUAAAACCUUUAGACAGGCUGGGGAUUUAACAUCUCACCGCAGAAUCCACACUGGAGAGAAGCCCUACAGUUGUGAUCUCUGUGGUAAAACCUUUAGCCAGGCUGGAGAUUUAACAGUUCACCGCAGAAUCCACACUGGAGAGAAGCCCUACAGCUGUGACUUCUGUGGUAAAACCUUUAGCCAGGCUGGCAGUUCCACAGUUCACCGCAGAAUCCACACUGGAGAGAAGCCCUACAGCUGUGACCUAUGUGGCAAAACCUUUAGACAGAAUGGGGAUUUAACAUCUCACCGCAGAAUCCACACUGGAGAGAAGCCCUACAGCUGUGACACAUGUGGGAAGACCCUUUCCUCAUCCAGUAGCCUCAAGCAGCACAUGAGGAUCCACACAGGAGAGAAGCCCUACAGCUGUGACCUUUGUGGUAAAACCUUUAGGCAUGCUAGUGCUUUGACAGCUCACUGCAGGAUCCACACAGGAGAGAAGCCCUACAGCUGUGACUUCUGUGGUAAAACCUUUAGACAGAUUGGGUAUUCAACAGUUCACCGCAGAAUCCACACUGGAGAGAAGCCCUACAGCUGUGACCUCUGUGGUAAAACCUUUAGCCGGGCUGACAAUUUCAGAUUUCAUAGCAGGAUCCACACUGGAGAGAAGCCCAACAGCUGUGACCUCUGUGGUAAAACCUUUAGACAAGUUGGGAAAUUAACAGUUCACCGCAGAAUCCACACAGGAGAAAAGCCCUACAGCUGUGACCUCUGUAGUAAAACUUUUAGACAGACUGGGGAUUUAACAGUUCACUGCAGAAUCCACACUGGAGAGAAGCCCUACAGCUGUGACCUCUGUGGUAAAACCUUUAGGCAUGCUAGUGCUUUGACAGCUCACUGCAGGAUCCACACAGGAGAGAAGCCCUACAGCUGUGACCUCUGUGGUAAAACCUUUAGACAGACUUGGGAAUUAACAGUUCACUGCAGAAUCCACACUGGAGAGAAGCCCUACAGCUGUGACCUCUGUUGUAAAACUUUUAGACAGACUGGGGAUUUAACAGUUCACCGCAGAAUCCACACUGGAGAGAAGCCCUACAGCUGUGACCUCUGUGGUAAAACCUUUAGCCGGGCUGACAAUUUCAGAUUUCAUAGCAGGAUCCACACUGGAGAGAAGCCCUACAGCUGUGACCUCUGUGGUAAAACUUUUAAUUUCAGAGCUCAUAGCAGGAUCCACACUGGAGAGAAGCCCUACAGCUGUGACCUCUGUGGUCAAACCUUUAGACAGGCUGGCCAUUUCAGAAAGCACAUGAGGAUCCACACUGGAGAGAAGCCCUACAGCUGUGACCUUUGUGGUAAAACCUUUAGCCAGACUGACACUUUCAGAGCUCAUAGCAGGAUCCACACUGGAGAGAAGCCUUACAGCUGUGACCUCUGUGGUAAAACCUUUAGUCAGGUUGGGCAUUUCAGAGCUCAUAGCAGGAUCCACACUGGAGAGAAGCCCUACAGCUGUGACCUCUGUGGUAAGACCUUUAGCCAGGCUUGCAAUUUCAGAACUCAUAGCAGGAUCCACACUGGAGAGAAGCCCUACAGCUGUGACCUUUGUGGUAAAACUUUUAGCCGGACUGACACUUUCAGAGCUCAUAGCAGGAUCCACACUGGAGAGAAGCCUUACAGCUGUGACCUCUGUGGUAAAACCUUUAGUCGGGUUGGGCAUUUCAGAGCUCAUAGCGGGAUCCACACUGGAGAGAAGCCCUACAGCUGUGACCUCUGUGGUAAAACCUUUAGGUAUGCUAGUGGUUUGACAGCUCACUGCAGGAUCCACACAGGAGAGAAGCCUUACAGCUGUGACCUCUGUGAUAAAACCUUUAGCCAGGCUUGCAAUUUCAGAGUCCACAGUAGGAUCCACACUGGAGAUAAGCCCUACAGCUGUGACCUCUGUGGUAAAACCUUUAGGUAUGCUAGUGGUUUGACAGCUCACUGCAGGAUCCACACAGGAGAGAAGCCUUACAGCUGUGACCUCUGUGAUAAAACCUUUAGCCAGGCUUGCAAUUUCAGAGUCCACAGUAGGAUCCACACUGGAGAGAAGCCCUACAGCUGUGACCUCUGUGGUAAAACCUUUAGCAACGCUAACAAUCUCAGACGUCACAGCAUGUCCCACACUAAAGAGAAACCCUAUCACUGUGACACAUGUGGGAAGAGCCUUUCCUCAUCCAGUAGCCUCAAGCAGCACAUGAGGAUCCACACAGGAGAGAAGCCCUACAGCUGUGACCUUUGUGGUAAAACCUUUAGUCAGGCUGGGCAUUUCAGAGCUCAUAGCAGGAUCCACACUGGAGAGAAGCCCUACAGCUGUGACCUCUGUGGUCAAACCUUUAGCCGGGCUGACAAUUUCAGAGCUCACUGCAGGAUCCACACUGGAGAGAAGCCCUACAGCUGUGACCUCUGUGGUCAAACCUUUAGACGGGCUGACAAUUUCAGACAGCACAUGAGGAUCCACACAGGAGAGAAGCCCUACAGCUGUGACCUUUGUGGUAAAACCUUUAGACAAGUUGGGAAAUUAACAGUUCACUGCAGAAUCCACACUGGAGAGAAGCCCUACAGCUGUGACCUCUGUGGUAAAACCUUUAGGCAUGCUAGUGCUUUGACAGCUCACUGCAGGAUCCACACAGGAGAGAAGCCCUACAGCUGUGACAUCUGUGGUAAAACCUUUAGACAGACUUGGGAAUUAACAGUUCACUGCAGAAUCCACACUGGAGAG